AUGAAUAUUAAAACUUUGUGCCAUCAAGAUUACAAAAGAAUCACCAUUGAAUCGUUAUUGAACCCAGUUGAAGAGGUUAUAUACUGUAAAAGGGUCCAAGAUAAUUUAAAAACCAGUAAUAAAUACACUAAUGGAUCCUUGUAUGCCAGCACAAUUAGUGCCGUUUUAGUUCCACACAAUGUCAAAAAGAGAAGAGGAGUCACUAGAAAGUGUCCACAGUGUGCUGUAGUAAAGACUUCUCCGCAAUGGAGAGAGGGUCCUGAUGGAGAAGUGACAUUAUGUAAUGCCUGUGGCCUAUUUUAUAGAAAGAUAUUUUUGGUUUUUGGUAAGAGUCUAGCUAAGCGGUACUUUAACGAGAUAAAAGGUGCCAGUGUUAAACGAAAGGUUCCAAAGUGCCUUUAUGGAGUUACAAGGACAUGUUGA